AAGAAUAACAUGCAUUUCGUUUUGCUUCUGUUUUGUUUGUGCUGUUCUGCUGCAAAAGCUUGCACUGGAGGUGAAACUUGUCCACAAGAAGAACAAUGUGAUUUGGACAUACGCUGCCCUCGAGUUGACGACGGAGACUCGGCGGUACUAAUUCCACAUGCUGAUUGUUCCAAAUUCUACAAAUGUGCCAGUGGAAGAACGUGUGUGUAUCGAUGCCCCGCCAAUUUACACUUCAACCCGGUAGAACUCGCUUGUGACAGGCCGGAAAAAGCGUGUUGCGAUCGGUCUCAACCUUGCAACAGUGGAGGCCACAUGGGACUGACAUACAAUCUAGAUUAUUACAGCAUGUAUUCAACAAAUUCAAACAACAGCAAUCUAGAUUAUUACAAUAUAUAUUCAACAUAUUCAAACCACACCAAUCAGAUCAAACCACCAACAAUUAAUAAUUUGGAAUCUAUAAAUCAACCCAUUACGUACAGCAAUGAUGGUUCAUCUUGCUUCGACCACAACCAAUGCCCUUUGAAUGAUAAUCCUAAUGAUCCAGUUGCAUUACCAUCCACAAGUUGUCAACAGUUUUACAAAUGUUCACUCGGAAAAGCAUGCUUAUUGUCGUGUCCAACAGGGCUUCACUUCAACCAACAAACGAAAUACUGUGACUAUCCUGAAAUUGCUUGCUGUGACCGAUUAGUUCCAUGUACAGGCUCGAUACACAUUUCAACCAAUUGCCAGAAUGACACCCGAUGUCCUAUCGGCGAAGAUCCGAAUAACCCAACGCAUCUACCGCAUUCGAACUGCGGCAUGUUCUACAAAUGCUCCUACGGAAAAGCAUGUGAGCUACCUUGUCCUCAAGGACAACACUUUAGCCCGGUCCACAACCGGUGCGAAUACCCAACCGUAGCAUGCUGUGAUCCAAGUAUACCAUGCUCGACAGCUGCGUCACAUUUAUCACCGCAGAAUCCAUCUGCACCACAGAAUCCAUCUGUACCACAGAAUCCAUCUGCCCCGCAAGUUUGGACAGACGAUAGAAAUACUAUCCAAUGUAACCUAAACUCAAGGUGUGGAUUGUCUAAUGAGAAAAAAAACAUUUACCUCAGACAUGCAAGUUGUUCCAAGUACUACCAAUGUAAUGGCGGGCGUGCCUGUGAAUUCCAAUGUCCGCAAGGGCUCCAUUUUAACGAGCGAGAAAAAGUUUGUCAAUGGCCACAGUAUGCAGCAUGUAGCACCAUUUACUAAAAUGAAUCAAAGAUGUACUUUUAUAUCUGUUAAUUUUCAAAAUAUAUAUCAAUUAAAUACUAAUGCAAUUCUAAUUAGAUAGAUAAUGACUUUGAUUUUACACAUACCAAACCUUAUAUGCACAAUUUGGUGCAAUGUUCAGCUCGAUGCUGAACGAUCAAGCUCCAAGUAACAAGGUCUAAGUAAUUAGUUGAAACUCUUUCAAGGCUUUCACCAAGUGAAGGCAACGUGGUAAUGAGAUGUGUGGCCCUAUGACUGGACCCAACAAU